CUGCCCCUGCCCCCCCCCUCCCCCCUCCUCUACCUUCCUGGUCCAGCAUCAUCACUGCCACCUGUGUCACAACAGCCACCAUGCCCCCCAGGAAGAGGACGCGGCCAGGUCUGGGCUUCUUGUGCUGCUUCGGGAGCAGCGAGCCCCCGGAGAUCAACCUAAAAGACAGCGUUCCCCUGCAGCUGCUGGAGUUCAGCGCCCCCAUGCCGCCCGCCGAGGAGCUGCAUGCACGCUUCUCUGAACUAGUGGAUGAGCUGGACCUGACGGACAAGAACAGGGAGGCCAUGUUCGCUCUUCCUGAUGAGAAGAAAUGGCAGAUCUACUGCAGCAAGAAGAAGGAGCAAGAGGACCCCAACAAACUGGCCACCAGCUGGCCCGACUACUACAUCGACCGCAUCAACUCCAUGGCUGCUAUGCAGACCCUCUUUGCCUUUGAUGAAGAGGAAAUGGAAAUGAGGAACAAGGUGGUUGAAGAUCUGAAGACAGCGCUUCGCACUCAGCCAAUGAGGUUCGUCACUCGCUUCAUCGAGCUCGACGGCCUCACCUGCCUCCUCAACUUCCUGCGCAGCAUGGACUACGAGACGUCGGAGAGCCGCGUCCACACCUCCGUCAUCGGCUGCAUCAAGGCCCUGAUGAACAACUCGCAGGGCCGCGCCCACGUCCUCGCCCACCCGCAGAGCAUCAACACCAUCUCCCAGAGCCUGCGGACGGAGAACAUCAAGACCAAAGUGGCCGUGCUGGAGAUCCUCGGCGCCGUGUGUUUAGUCCCUGACGGACACAAGAAGGUGCUGCAGGCCAUGGCACACUACCAGAAGUACGCUGCAGAGAGGACUCGCUUUCAGACGCUGCUGAACGAGCUGGACAAGAGCACAGGCCGCUACAGGGACGAGGUCAACUUAAAGACCGCCAUCAUGUCCUUCAUCAACGCUGUGCUCAAUGCUGGAGCUGGAGAGGACAACCUUGAGUUCCGCCUCCACCUAAGGUACGAGUUCCUGAUGUUGGGCAUCCAGCCGGUCAUCGACAAGCUCCGAGGGCACGAGAACGCCACUCUGGAUCGGCAUUUGGACUUCUUUGAGAUGGUGCGAAAUGAGGACGACUCCGAGUUGGCCAAAAGAUUCGAUAUGAGUCAUGUAGAUACUAAGAGUGCUGGUGCCAUGUUUGAGCUGAUCAAGAAGAAGCUGAGCCACACAGACGCCUACCCCAACCUCCUCUCCAUCCUGCAGCACUGCCUGCAGAUGCCCUACAAACGUGGCGGUGGUAGCCUGCAUCACUGGCAGCUCUUAGACAGGAUCCUGCAGCAGAUAGUACUACAGGACGAAAAGGGAGAGGACCCCGACAUCGCCCCUCUGGACAACUUCAGUGUUAAAAACAUUGUUCGCAUGUUGGUCAAUGAGAAUGAGGUGAAACAAUGGCGAGACCAGGCAGAGAAGUUCAGGAAAGACCAUGCAGAGCUGAUGGCUAAACUAGAGAAGAAGGAGAGGGAGUGUGAAACCAAGACCCAGGAAAAGGAUGAGAUGAUGAAGACUCUGAAUAAGAUGAAGGACAAACUGCAGCGUGAGGGAGUGGAGCUGCGCUCGGCCAGGGAGCAAGUCAUGGACCUGUCCACACGGAUCAAUGACAUAUCUAGCGGCGGCGUGUCAUUCCCAACCCCUCCUCCCCCUCCUGGUGCCCCGAUGGCUCCUCCUCCGCCACCUCUGAUGGGUGGCUGUCCUCCGCCUCCUCCUCCUCCGCUUCCGUUCAGCUGCCCGCCUCCUCCUCCGCCACCUCCUCCUCCACCUGGAGCACCGCCUCCUCCACCAGGGGCCCCUCCCAUUUUUGGAGCCCCGCCUCCUAUUCCGUCGUUCAACUCAGCGAGCACCAUGCGCUCCAAGUCCAUCCCUCAGCCUUCUCAUCCGCUCAAGUCCUUCAACUGGGCCAAACUAGGAGAGAAUGUGAUCAACGGCACCAUCUGGAACGACAUCGAUGACCUGAGAGCGUUCGAGAUUCUUGACCUGAAGGACAUAGAGAAGAUGUUUUCAGCCUAUCAGAGACAGCAGGAGCUGCUCACUAACCAAUCCUUCAAACAGAAGGAGACGGGCUCCAUGGAUGACUUAUACGUCAGCACACGGAAGGUCAAGGAGCUGUCAGUCAUCGAUGGGAGACGUGCACAAAACUGCAUCAUCCUGCUUUCAAAGUUAAAAUUGAGCAAUGAGGAGAUCAAGAGGGCCAUUCUAGAGAUGGAUGAGAGGGAAGAGCUCGCCAAAGAUAUGCUGGAGCAGUUGUUGAAGUUUGUCCCCGAGAAAAGCGACAUUGAUCUCCUGGAGGAGCACAAACACGAGCUGGAGCGGAUGGCCCGAGCCGAUCGCUUCCUCUUUGAAAUGAGCAGAAUUGACCACUACCAACACAGACUGCAGGCUUUGUUCUUUAAGAAGAAGUUUGCAGAGCGUCUCGCUGAAACCAAGCCGAAAGUUGAAGCCAUCCUGAAUGCGUCCAGGGAGGUGGUCCGGAGCAAGAGGCUGACUCAGAUGCUGGAGGUGGUGCUGGCCUUCGGCAACUUCAUGAACAAGGGCCAGAGAGGAAACGCCUACGGCUUCAAAGUCUCCAGUCUCAACAAAAUCGCUGACACCAAGUCCAGCAUAGACAGGAACAUCACCAUGUUGCACUACCUGAUCAUGAUCUUUGAGAAGAACUACCCGGACACACUGAACAUCCAGCAGGACCUCAACAGUGUCCCGGAGGCUGCAAAAGUCAAUUUGGCGGAGCUGGAAAAAGAGGUGCACAACAUGAAAAGUGGGCUGAAGGCUCUGGAGGCGGAGCUGCAGUACCAGCAGAGCAGGACGAGGGAACGUGGGGAUAAGUUCGUGGCUGUGAUCGGAGACUUCAUCACCGUGGCCGGCUUCAGCUUCUCUGAACUGGAGGACCAGCUGAGCGAAGCCAAGGACAAGUUUACCAAAUCGCUGAAGCACUUUGGGGAAGAAGAAGGGAGGAUGCAGCCUGAUGAGUUCUUCGGGAUCUUCGACACCUUCUUGCAGUCGUUUUGUGAAGCACGGCAGGACCUGGAGAACAUGCAGCGACGUAAAGAUGAGGAGGAGAGGAGGUCACGAAUGGAGGCCAUGCUCAAGGAGCAGAGGGAACGGGAACGGCGGGCCAAGAAGAGCGCCUCAGACGAGGUCGGCGGGGAGUUUGACGACCUAGUGUCGGCUUUACGUUCCGGUGAGGUCUUCGACAAGGACCAAAAAUUCAAGCGUAACCGCAAGCGCUCUGUCAACCAGCUGGUGGAGGGCGGGGGCGAACGAGCUGUCACCAAGGUCAACUACUAGGUCGAGGAAUGGAAGGACAAAAACUAAAAACACUUAACACCUAAAUUCUAUUGAGGUGUUUGACACCUUUAGUCCAGGUUCUCGAGUGGUGACCUUUGACAUAGGAGAGGCUGUACAUAAAGGCUGGACAUGUGGCGACAUGUAUGGACAGUAGCGCCACUUUGAAGGAUGCAACACUCUCCUCUGAUUUGGUCUUGUAAAGCUGUUUCCAACCUGUUUGUCCUGGGUGUUGUUUGAUCUCAUGAGCUGGAUGAAGGACACUUGUGAUUGGUUGAUGGAUGGAUGGACGGACAGACAGACCACUGUGACGCACUAUCCCAUAUCUUUUGACCCUAUCCUUUUAACACUGUGUUCAAACUUCCAGCUCUCCAUCACCCCUUCUUUUUCACUGCUCUUUAUAUCUUACAAACCUUUCUCCGUUUCUCAGUAACUUCCUCGGGGCUUGAUCAGCCCAUUCUCUGUGUAUCUGGUUCUAGAGACACAUAGGAUGUUCAAAUCCACAGUCACGCUGUAAAUAGAUUCCAGGCCAAGAGAAAGGAUUGGGAAGAAAAAGUAUAUCUGGAAAAAGAAGGUGGGGAGCUACGGGAACUAAGCCAUUACCUCCACGGCCAUGGUGGUUCCCGGGACGAGAGACACUCCAGCAUCAGUGUUGGUGGAUAUUCAUGAACUACCUUUCCCAGAAUGCUUUGCAAGCUUCUGAAAGCGUGAGGAAGGGCACCACAACAGUGCUUCAUAACAGAGGAU